GAAGUCCAUCACUUAAUUUUUGAGGAUGUCGCUCCUGCCAGCCCUCAGUGGGGCACUGCUGCUCCUUGCUCACUGCUGCUCCAUCAGUGCCAUGGCUACCUCGGGCUCCCUGCCAUCAGACUGCCCGUCCUGCGCCCUGGCCAGGCUACGGCGGGGUGGCCCGGACGCACUGGUGUCAGAUGAAGCGGAGGCACAGCAGGACGUGGUGGAGGCGGUGAAGAGGCACAUCCUCAGCAUGCUGCACCUGCAGGCUCGGCCCAACAUCACUCAUCCGGUGCCCCGCGCUGCCCUGCUUAACGCCAUCCGCAAGGUGCACGUAGGCCGCGUGGCGCAGGACGGCAGUGUCAUGAUCGACGAUGAACCUCACAGUCGGCAGGACUCAGAGAGCACCGAGCAGACCGAAAUCAUCACCUUUGCCGAAGCCGGUGAAGCUUCAGGUCUGAUCAACUUCCUCAUCUCCAAGGAGGGUGAUGAGCUGUCUCUGGUGGAGCAGGCCAACGUGUGGCUCUUCCUCAGACUUCCGAAAGGCAACCGCACUCGGACCAACGUCACCAUCCGACUCUUGCUUCAGAGGCCAGGUCUUGAAGAGAAGCUGCUGGCUGAAAAAAACGUGGACACCCGGCGCAGUGGCUGGCACACCUUCCCCGUGGCGGCCAGCGUUCAGUCCCUGCUUGAGCGAGGUGGCAGCAGUGCCCUGAGGCUGCGAGUCUCCUGCCCACUGUGCGCAGAGGCUCGGGCUACACCCAUCCUGGUGAGCCCGGGAGGCGGGGAGAGGGAACAGUCACACCGGCCCUUCCUGAUGGCGGUGGUGCGACAGGCUGAUGAUCAAAGCCCAAGGCGGCGCCGGAAGCGGGGCCUGGAAUGCGACGGCAAGGUGCGAGUGUGCUGCAAGAGGCAGUUCUACGUCAACUUCAAGGAUAUCGGCUGGAACGACUGGAUCAUCGCGCCAUCUGGCUACCACGCCAACUACUGCGAAGGCGACUGCCCGAGUCACAUCGCCAGCAUCACUGGUACCUCGCUGUCCUUCCACUCUACCGUCAUCAACCACUACCGCAUGCGCGGCUACAGCCCCUUCACCAACAUUAAGUCGUGUUGUGUACCCACGCGCCUCCGUGCCAUGUCCAUGCUCUACUACAACGAGGAGCAAAAGAUCGUCAAGAAGGACAUCCAGAACAUGAUCGUGGAAGAGUGCGGCUGCUCGUAAAGCUGGGCGGGAAACAGACAAGAGACAAACGGACAAGAGCAGACAGACAGAGAGAGAGAGAGAGAGAGAGAUAGAGAGAGGGAGCAGCCGAGCUGGAUUUGUGGGAACAGAGGGAGGGGCGAGGACUUGUGCCCUAACAGCAAGGACCUGGACAAACAAGAAUAUAGAGAGGCGAGGUGGAGGGAGGAGGGACAGGGUGCAGCCAUCCCGCUAACUCCAUCUCUCUAUCGCACACACAGCUGCGAGACACUCUCUCAAGCAAAGGCAGGCCUCUCUCCCUUGACGCGACGGCUGUUUACCGUCUGAAAAUCCAGUGGGUGUCUGUUCCUCAGAAUAGUUUCAGUGGCACUUUCAGAUAAAAAAAAAAGAUAUAUAAUAUAUUUUUGUUACAAAGCCGAGGGACUGGGGGCAAGAUGAUAUUUAUGUGAGCGAGAAUGCAGAGCAGUCCCUCCGAACAUGCCCUGUGUAAAGAGAGACCACGAUGAUGAGGUGCCUGAAAAAAAAAUCUCAAACUAUGCAACUUGUCAAGUAUUAAGGUUUAUUUUUCAUUGACGUGUCGUUCUGUUCCUUUGCUAUUUACUUUUACAAACCUUAAAAAAAAGAGGAAGUUGACUUUUUUAUACUUUUUUUUUAAAGUAUGUUUGAUGUCGUCAGUGUGUCUGUUUGUGUGUGUGUGUGUUUGUAUAUGUGUACGUAUAAGUGUGUGUAUAAAUAUAUAUGUAUAUACAUAUAUAUAAAAAGGGUGUUUGUGUAUGUAUGCGUGUUGUUGAGAGAUACUUGAAAGAAGUUUGACCGGCUGCUGGAACCAAACGUUUCUGUUUAUUAUUAUUAUUGUUAUUAUUAUUAUUCUAAUUAUUAUGACUUGUAUUGUUAAUAAUAAUAUUAUUAUAAUUAUUAUUUUGUUCAUGUUUUUCCUCUUUCUUUGUUAUCUUAAAAAAAACGAGACGUUACGAACGUUUACAGUUUGCACUAUGCCAACAUUUCAGCCUAGCCACAUAUACAAACGGUAUUUAGCGAAAGACGAGAAGCACCUUCGUAGCUUAAGUUGGACAUAGUGAAGUGAAGGGAAGUGAGAGAGAGAGAGAGAGAGAGAGAGAGAGAGAGAGAGAGAGAGAGACGGGUUAGGAUGGGAGACUUAGUGUGACAGUCCAGGUGCACACAUGCAUUGUGUAGUGUUUAAUUAUUAUUAAUUAAUAUUAUUUUAAUUUUAAUUCAACACCAAAGACUUUACGUUAGUGUUUCAAAAACAUUACUAGGCUGUAUCCGAACAAGUAUACGCAAAGAAUGCCCUGUAUGACUCCAUUUCCGUCCCAUACUAGUUCACUAUGUUGUGUGCUUUUUUGCACUGCUGCACUCUUGAUGUGUGUUUAGCCAUCGAAAUGGUAAAUACAGCACUUAAGCCAACAUUGUAGAGUUGCUAUUUUUUGUUCUUUUUAUUAUUGUCUUUCAUUUUUUAGUAAUGAAAGUGAAUGUGCAGCAUAUUUAAAAAAAAUAAUGAAUAAAUAUUGGGAGAUGAUUUGCUGGAUGAUCUCACAUUUGGAUAUUUAUAAAGUAUUUCACCAAAUAUUGGACGGACCCUGUAUGAUCCAAAAGACAUCACCAUCAUUUUGUUUUAGAGAUUUUCAUUUUGUUCUGCUUCCUAAAAAAAAACAGAUAGCUGUUCCAUUGUGCAAUGUCAAAGUGAAGCAAUUCUGAGAAAGAAAAUAAAAAAAGCGUAAUAAAUCUGUGUUAUAGUUUGGACUGAGAAAAGCAUAUUGUGAGGACGUAUGUGAAUGCAUACAAAAAAAAAUAAAGAAAAACAAAAAAAGUCAAAUCCAGAAAAAAAUAUCUAAAAAAGGAAAAUAUGGUGUGUAUGUUUUUUGUUCAUCAAGACAAAAUGAAUCGACACUGAAUAAAGUGGACUAAAAAAAAGCAUAUAUAUUUUUAUUGUGUAUAUAUGGAAAUCAAGAUACCAAUAUGUUGCAUUGCUUUGUUGUAUAAAUCAAAAACUGUGCUUGUGGGUUUUUUAUCUAAUUUAUUUUACAGUAUUUUUGUUCCAUUUUUUGCUUCACCAUUAAAGUUAAAAAGUUGUACACUAAAACAGAUGUCUGAGAAAUGUGUUGUUUGGGAUCGUGUGAGUGGAUAAAGUAAUAGCACGGAGCUGAAGGACUUGCCACACUAAAGGGAUGUUAUGCAUGCUCAAUGCACUUCAUCUCAGUCUUCCCCGAGCUGAGGAACAUCAGCAACCCACAAAUCCAAAAUAUCAGACUAAAGAACAGCUCUUUAAUCUUCCUGCAUGCGCCACACACACAUCAGAGCACGCUAGCAGUGUCUCAGCCCCAGCUCAAAACUAAUGCAGGCCAAAUGAAACUAUUUAUUCCUGAUUUCUUCCAUCUUUCUGGGUGUUUGGGACAUGAACAUCUCCACAAUGUCCUUUCAUCAAGGGAUCCCAUAGUUUCCUUAGCUGAACCUCAAACAGCACAAAGUAGUUCUGCCCAAAGAUGAUGGUUCUCAUAAAAACAA